GGGGUGGCAAGCGGGCGGGCUCUAGUCUGUGCGCAGUAGUGAGAAUCGAGCAUCUAGUAGGCGACAGACGCGAGAAGUACCACUCACUGCUGCUCGUGCUGCGAGAACAAGCGCUCCAGUUCCGCUGCGUGCCGCUAAGGGGGGAAAAACAAGGAAAGCUUGACGGUCGCCGUCCGGCAUUGCCACUUGCUCCGCCAUGCCGAAAAGAAAGGUUAACGCUGCUGAAGAAGAGCCUAAGAGGCGAUCAGCACGAUUGUCAGCUAAACCUGCUCCUGCCAAAGUUGAAACCAAGCCAAAAAAGGCAGCUUCAAAGGAUAAAUCUGAAGAAAAGAAAGCCGAAAUUAAAGGGAAAAGGGGACCAAAGGGGAAGCAAGCUGCAGAGAUUAACAAAGAUGAAGUGAAGGAUCACUUGCCUACAGAAAAUGGAGAAGCAAAAAGUGACGAGGUCCCAGUAUCUGAAGCAGCAGGAGAGAAAGAAGCAAAAUCUGAGUAGCAUCUGGUACAAAGUGUUUAGCAGUGGUUCUUGUACCACCAUCUUGUACAAUUCAGAGGAAUAUUUUUAUCAACUAUUUUGUAAAUGCAAGUUUUUUAGAGGUUUUAGAAAACACAGUUUUAAACAUGAGAGGAUCCCCCCAUAUCCCACUUAUUGUAACUGAGUGUAAAUGCUUUUGCUUAAAAGGUAAAAAUCAUGUAGUGGUUGUCUACUGUCUGUACAACCGGUAUUUUAAUGGAAUACUAAAUUAAGGGGGGGGGGGUUAAGUUGUGAUUACUUAACAUUCCACAAGCCAGGAUGGGCAACUUACAAUUUAAAUGUGGCCCUUCAACAUUAUUUUUAUGCAGGAAUCUGGUUAUAAUGAUGAAUUCAGCUGUAUUUGAAUAUAUAUAAAAGUUCAGUAUAUACCGAUAUGUUCUCCAGAGGCAAAUAAAUUGCACACCUUUGCUGUAGAUUUGAGGGAUGAUUGUUAUAAUCUGCUAACAAGUGUGCACAGAAUAAGACUUCUGGCAUUCUGAUGAGUAGGAAAACGUUUUCAUGUUUAACACUUAUCCUCGAUAUGUCACAAAAUUAAUUGCUUCCUCAUUAAAAACUGUUCCCUGAUGUUGCAUCUCCGUUUCAGAUUUGUUUUAUCUGUGACAGUUAUUUUUGGCAGUGGUAGUUUAUUUUUUCAACAGCUUUGUAACUGUGUUGUGAAAGAUUAGAAAUCUGGGUGUGUAGUGUGUGUGUUGUUCAACAGUAGGAAGCACUUCUAGUUAAACAGCUGUAACUUCACAGAAAGUAUUUGAAACACUGGUACUUUUCUAUUUUGAAAGAACGAUUUAUCAAAAGUCAUAGCGUGUUGGAUGACAACUAUGCGGUUUACAUUCAAAUUAUUGGGGGGGAAAUCUGUACAAAUUUUCUGUGUGGUUUA